AUGCAGCCUUCCUGUAGCAAACAGGUUCAGGCCAACGUCACCUACUGCCAAAAGGACCUGGUACCACCGCUCCCGCCAGUGGUAUUCGGACGCGGACCAGCCAACCCUCCCGUACAGACUCCCAAGCAAGACUACCCGGUGCUGAUCACAGAUGUGACCGGCCACGAGGAUGACUUCAAUCUUCAGACUCAAGGCAUUGAGUUCGUCCGUCAUGAGAGUAGCCUGAAGGAUGAGGAGUUCGAUAACGAGGACCUCGUCAGGAAGACUUACUACCAAGAGAUCUUAGACCUGACAAAACAAGUAUUGGAGCAGAACCCCAAAUUGAACAGCCCAGACAAGUUCCCCACCGGCCCAGUCCACGGCGUCCACGUAGACCAGCACCCGGCCGCGGCGGAAGGCUUCGCGCGGCGCUGGCUGGGCGACGAGGAGGCCGACGAGCUGCUGCGCACCCACCCCCGGUGGCAGAUCAUCAACGCCUGGCGGCCCAUCCGCGAGGUCCAGCGCGACCCCCUCGCCGUGGCGGACGCGCGCUCCGUGCCCGACGACGACAUCCUCAAGGUGCGGCUCGUGUACCCGGACCACGAGGUCGACAUCCUCGAGGUGAAGGCGCCGCUGGACCCGGAGGGGGAAGGGACGCACCGGUGGUACUUCAAGGACCGCAUGGGGCCGGGGGGUGUGGUGCUGUUCACGCAGUUUGACUCUACUGGGCGGGCGGAUGUGCCGAGGCGGGUGCCGCAUACUGCGUUUCGGGAUCCCAGGGUGGAUGAGGGGGCGGCCGAGGCGAGGAGGAGUAUUGAGGUUAGGGUUGCGGUGUUUUAUGAUAGUGACUGA